AUGCGUCGGGAUGUCCAGGAAAUUUUUCACAUGACCCCCCAUGAGAAGCAGGUCAUGAUGUCCAGUGCUACCUUGAGCAAAGAGAUCCGCCCUGUCUGCCGCAAGUUCAUGCAAGAUGUGGUGAUCUUUGUGAUGUCUGUGCAGCGCUGCAUCGCCCUGGCCCAGCUUCUAGUGGAGCAGAACUUCCCAGCCAUUGCUAUCCACCGUGGAAUGCCCCAGGAGGAGAGGCUCUCUCGGUAUCAGCAGUUCAAAGAUUUUCAGCGGAGGAUUCUUGUGGCUACCACCCUGUUUGGCCGAGGCAUGGACAUUGAGCGUGUGAACAUCGCUCUCAACUAUGACAUGCCAGAGGACUCGGACACCUACCUGCACAGGGUGGCCAGAGCGGGCCGGUUUGGCACCAAGGGCUUGGUCAUCACAUUUGUGUUAGAUGAGAACGAUGGCAAGAUCCUAAAUGACGUGCAGGACCGUUUUGAGGUCAACAUCAGUGAGCUGCCCGAUGAGAUCGACAUUUCCUCCUACAUGUGGCUGGGAUCCCCGGAGGGGCGGCAGCAGGAGGUGGGAGGUGGAAGUAACUGCAGCACAGCCGCUGCCUGCACUGCUGCACCCGGUGCAGACAUCAAUUGGUCUUCAGGGUCAGGCACUGCUAAGGCACCGCGUGGGCCCCCGCCCGGUCUGGCUUGA